AUGGGAGACUUCAACAACGAUCCUCUCAUGCGCAACCAAAACGCCGCCGUUCAAGCUCGUACCAAAGCCCAGAAUCGCGCCAACGUCCUUCAACUCAAGCUGAUUGGACAGAGUCAUCCAACUGGCCUCACUGCGAAUUUGCUGAAGCUGUUUGAGCCCAGGCCUCCAUUGGAAUACAAACCUCCUCCGGAGAAAAGGAAAUGCCCUCCGCUAACAGGGAUGGCGCAAUUUGUCAACAAGUUUGCUGAGCCCGGUGAACCAGAAUAUUCUCCACCUGUGCCAGUGGUUGAAACUCCUGCAGAAAGAAGGGCGAGAGUGCACAAGUUAAGACUUGAGAAAGGAGCUGCGAAAGCUGCUGAGGAGCUUGAGAAAUAUGAUCCACAAAAUGAUCCAAAUAUAUCAGGAGAUCCAUACAAGACUUUAUUUGUGGCCAGACUUAGUUAUGAGACUACUGAGAGCAGAAUCAAAAGGGAGUUUGAGUCAUAUGGUGCAAUCAAACGGGUUCGACUGGUUACUGAUACUGAGUCAAAUAAGCCCAGGGGUUAUGCAUUCAUUGAGUACCUGCACACAAGAGACAUGAAAGCUGCUUAUAAACAAGCUGAUGGUAGGAAAAUUGAGGGUAGAAGGGUGCUUGUGGAUGUUGAACGUGGGAGGACUGUUCCAAACUGGCGACCCCGCCGCCUAGGUGGUGGGCUAGGUACUACUAGAGUGGGGGGCGAAGAAGUUAAUCAGCGACAUUCGGGGAGGGAGCAACAGCAGUCAGGACCUUCUCGUUCUGAAGAACCCAGAGCGCGAGAGGAUCGACAUGUUGAUCGGGACAGAGAAAAGUCACGCGAAAGAGGUAAGGAUAGAGAACGUGAGCGAUCACGUGAACGAUCUAGCGAUAAGGCUAGGGAUCGUGAUCAUAGAGAGGACAGGCACCACAGAGACAGGGACCGAGAUAGGAAUAGGGACAGAGACAGAGGUAAGGAAAGGGAAAGGGAAAGAGAUCGUGGACGUGAUCGAGAGAGAGGACGUGACCGUGAUCGUGGCCGGGAACGUGAUCGUGAUCGAGAUGUAGAACAUGAUCGUUAUCGCGAAAAAGAUAAGGAUUAUGAAGUUGGGGAAACUGAGCGGGGACGGUCCCAUGAUAGGGGAACUGAUUAUGAUCAUGUUGAAUCUAAACAUGAGAAGGAACCUCAUGGUGAAAGAGAGCGAGGCUAUGAUGAUCAUCGUGGACGGUACAAUCAACCUGGGCAUGGACACAGGCAUGCAGACCCUGAACAUGAUCCUGAUCAGUAUGACCAUUAUGAUCAUCAUAGAGGACGAGUGCAGUACGAUGAAGGAGAUGACCAUGGUGAUUACAAUCAACAUCCUGAUCCUGCUAAGAUUGAAGAUGACCAUCACACUGAACGAGCAAAAUCUAAAUCACGUGACAGGGACAGAAAUCGUGACACGGACCGUGAUUAUCAUCGCUCAGAGAGGUCCCAUUCUCGAGAAUAUGAUUACUAG